AAAAGCUUGACAGCCAAGAAAUAAGUGCAAUACAUUUUUUUUGUGAAACAUUUAUAUUGUUGGUUGUGUCGCUUUCAUAAACUAUUUAUUUUCGCUCACAAUUUUGAGAUCAGAACAACAGUACACUCACGAAGCUGGAACAGGAUUUUAAGGUUAAUUAAUUAAAAACCUUGCAGGUAGAAUUUUGCACAAUGAAAUAUUCUACUUCACCCGUGCCGACACGAAGUAAUAACUUGCUUUCAGGAAUGUCAUCAUCAAGAACCGCAUCACCGUUACCUCCGCCGGUAAAUCAAAGAACUGAUUGCAUGAGUGCCACUAACAAAAGUUAUAAAUACCUGCGACGAUUCGUGAAGUUUGAUCAAAUGGAUUUCGAGUACGCGCUUUGGCAGAUGCUUUAUUUGUGCAUUGCUCCCCAAAAAGUCUAUCGGACUUGCAAUUACAGAAAGCACACUAAAUCACAGUUUGCUCGCGAUGAUCCAGCCUUUCUAGUUUUGUUAGUUGGAUGUCUUUGUGUCACGUCACUCGGAUUUGCAUGGGUUCUAUCGUUGGACAUCGGUCAAUGCAUACUAUUUCUUUUGUAUGUUGUUUUCGUAGACUGCAUUUUCUGUGGAAUGGUAGUUGCUACUAUACUGUGGAUAAUUACAAAUCGUUAUUUGAGGGAGAAAACUGACCCAGAUGUAGAAUGGGGCUACGCGUUUGACGUACAUUUGAAUGCUUUUUUCCCUCCACUGAUUUUAUUGCAUUUUAUUCAGUUAUUUUUCUAUCAUGCAUUAAUCAGCCAGAACUGGUUCAUUUCUGCGUUUAUUGGUAAUACAAUAUGGUUAGCAGCUCUAAGUUAUUACAUUUAUAUUACGUUCCUUGGUUAUAGUGUUAUACCAGGUCUGAAAAACACGCGAAUUAUUCUAGUUACUUUACCGCUAGUUUUUCUAUUUUAUGUAGUAACCCUUAUAAUCAGGUGGAAUUUAAGUAUAUCUUUAAUGUACUUUUAUCACUAUCGAGUGCUGUAAAAGGUUAUGUAAAAUAGAUGUUAAUAAAUAAUAAAUAAAAAAAAUUAGUCAAAAUGUAUAUAAUCAAUAUAUUUAUACUUUUUUGACGUGGGAAACGUCUUUGUUUACUAUACUGGGAUGCAUUCUGUAAAAUUGGAAAUGAAACGGGCAAAUGUUGCGUCAGAUUUCAAACGCUAAUAACAGCAUAACCACAUGAUGGAUAACAAUAACCAAAAUGUUGUUGGAUAGAUAAAAUGUAUAACAAUUUUGUAAUGUGUUAAUUAUCACUCUAAUUUCAUUGCUAAGCGGUAAAAUUGAUAAUAAUUUCAAUAACAAAUUUACGCGAAUAAUGAACCAAUUACAUGCGAGCAUUCCUAGCACAGACGACGUGAAUGGACACCAUCCGUUCCCUGUGAUAUUCCCUGUAUCAAUUUCGAAAUAAAAAUUGACAGAGUCUCCCCGUCCCAAUAGGUCAAUUUAUUUUUGCUUCCAUGAGCUUAGACUAAUAUGAUGUCUCGAAGGUAAAAGUUUUCCUAAAAGUUUGAAACAAUACCCAUCCUUGAACAAUCUCUUAACCUGCGUGUUAGGUACUGUAGAACCUAAUAAAAACUGAUGUCUUGAAAGAAAACAUGCCAGUAAAAGCAACAGUACCAGUGGAGUAUAGAACCGCAGGUCUCUCGUCGUCUAUGAUUGCAUUGGUACUCUUCUAUUCGUACUGCAGCAGUACUAUUCGUAUUGCAGUGGUACACUUUUGUUCGUACAUUUCUAUUCGUAUGCAAUUGAGGAAAAACUACAAUGCUGCUGUUGAUGGUGAUUGAAAGUUUAUUUCAUAAAUAUGAUUGCCAUGAAUUACUCAACAAGAAUUGUAAAUUUUUGCAACGGAUAUUUUUUAAAUUUUAUCUUCGAUAUUCACUAAAUAAUCGUGACCGGAUAGUAUCGAAAGAGUAAAUUCCUAAAUAUAUACAUUUAUAGAAGAGUAAGAACCUGCGAAUGCUUGUGAUUUGUCAAGUUUAUUUAGUAAGAUUCGUACAGAAUCUCUUUUUAUAUUUCAAAAUUGUUAGAUGAUAUAUUAUUAUUCUAAGCUUUACCAUAAUAAACGUAUAUUUCCUGUCUUCGUAAUACAGCGAAUGUAGUUGCAGGCAAAUGAAAAAAUUGUCAAGCAAAAAAUAAAAAUGUAAUUGUGGAUUUCUACGAUUUUUUGCUGGAACUUGUUAGGAAUUUUGUUCAAAAUAUUUUCUUAUGUUUUCCAAUUGAUGAACCUUUGUAAGGGCUUCCAUAUUAUUUUGAAAGUAAUAUCCAUACUAUAGAUUUGAUUUAGUUAGAGUUAAAUAAGACAAAACCAUUCAUUAUGAUAACGUAAGCAUUAUUGGAUUUGGUUUUUGAGGAUAUAGAGAUAAUUCUGACUUUGACGCAUUAUGAGAAAUUCUUGGUGCUUCUUCAACAAGCACGAUAUGCUUGUGCCUUGUUAAAUACAUAUUUUUUUGCACAAAAAAAAAAUACUAAAGGCAUAAUAUCGCCAAAUAUAAAUGAUAUUUUUUCGAGUGUUGUUGAAUAUAUUCCAAAAAUUGAUUUCCAGGGGAGGCUGAAAAUAAACACAUUGAUUCUGUCUGCAGACUCUGUAUAUUUUGUAACAAAAAAUCCCCUAAUUACAGUGUUUAGUCCCACGUCACCAUUUCAUACAACCCUAGGGCUGUAUACCUUGUAGUAUUUUACUUUUUGUUUUGAGUUGAUUUUUGCAGCUCAAAAAAUUCUCUAUACACAGUCAUCCUACUAUUAUGGGCCAAUACACUUUCUAUUGGUUUCCAACGUAUGUCAAUAACUUGUAAUAGUCAAUUUUAAAUUUGGUGAACGCUGUUCACGUUUACUAAAUCUAUAUUUGACUAUUUAAAGUUAUUGAAAUAUGUUAGAAACCAACACAGAGACUGGCCCAUAAUACUGGGAUGACUGAAUAUGUGCCAAUUUUAAUCCAACAGAUUUCGAGAGACAAUAUUGUUUUAAAAUCACGUAUGCUCAGAAAAUUACACUGAUUUAACCGAUUUAUAAAAAUCAGUAAACCGCGUAUAACUCAAUCUCAGACAAACAGACGUACCACUCCGUACAAAAUUUUAAGGAAAUAAUGGUUCCUACCUGGGGGAAGAAACGAAUACUGCACUCAAAACAGAAAACACGCACCCUAACUAUGUGUAACUAUCUUCUUGCAUGACCUGAGCUAAGUUUUUAGUAACACCAGGAAUACUGGAUGUGCAAAUUUUAUAGACUUAUUUUUCGAGCCUGUUUUUUUCCAAUUUGCCGUUCAGAGUUUUGAGUUUGGCCGUGAUGAAAUGUGUUCGAAAUAGUAAACAAAGCCUUAAAUCCUUAGAAGCGAAAGUUUAAUAAUCGAAGUAGCUAGCAUGAUUAUUACUUAAAGCUUAUGAAUUUUUAAUUUUACGUAAAAAACCAAAAUAUUUUGUAAAACGACAAUGAAUAAAAAAACUGUUUGCGAUAAAUAUUUUUUCGAGCAACGCGAUACCUUUCAGUUAUAACAAUACUCAUCGCAAAAUAAAUGCUUUUUCCUUGGUUCAAAUUGACAGUCAAUGACAGCUCAUUCUGGUUCAUUUUGACACUCACACAGCUUCGUAUCCAUUUUUCCAUCCCAGGUUUCUACUAGAGAUCCUCAGAGGGAGAGAUAAGCGAUGAAAAAAACCGCUGAUUUGGCAACUAGGUUUCACAUAUCAGAGGUGCCAGAUCUCUUCUCAAAGCGCAAUGUUGACUAACUUUUUAAUUCGGCUCGUAUAGCUGAUGGUGACGGUGAAAGUCCUGGGAAAUAAUAAAGUGCAUCACAAAAACCGUGAAGGUGUUAAAUUUUAUGUUUAUGUUUAAUUUUAUAUACUUUCAUCAUUAUUCUGUAGACCAUACAAAGGGUUUGUGAGCCACCAGUUAAAAAUCACUGUGAUGAAGCAACUUUGGAGCAUUCUCAAUUCAUGUUUUAGCAAUAGAACAUGAAAAACGUGUAAAAAUAAAUAUAUUCUUUAUUGAACCUUAUUGCAAUACCUUUCAAUGUGUAACCUUUCUUGUUCGUUUGGCUCGAAUUUUGACAUGUUUGUUUGGCUCACAACACUCUCUUCGCAUAUCUCUCCCUCUGAGUAUUGCUAGUUCCUACUAACCUAGCGAACCUAUACAUUAGAGAAAUGACAAGACACUC